AUGAAUCUGUUAGAAAAAACAACACAGGGUGCGCAGCGGGGCGGCGCCAGAUGGCAGGCCCUGGCCGAGGAGCGCAUGGACUCUAGCGGCGUUUCUCGGCGGUCCACUCGCAGUGUUGCCCUGACCUUGCGGAGGGACACGACUGGACCUACACUGCGAGGGAUCGCGUGCGGGAACGAUCGUCCGAACCUAAAGUGGCUGGCUGAGCUACUACAAGUCGCCACUCACUGCUUGCCGCUUACCCGCCCGCCCGUUCCUUCUCACGAAGACUUGACUGACCGCUGGGUUGAAGGUUCCACAGUGCAACUUUAUGAUAUUUUCCAGGGCGCGGGGCCCCUAAGCAUCCGUUUAUUGUCUUAUAGUUAUUCUUGGAUUUCUAGUUCUUUCCGGAUCCCUCUAUUUCGACAUGAUCAAAAAUCAUCGAGCAUACUUGUUUUAAGUAUCAAGAACUCAAAGUACCAAAGUAGAAUUUCCACAUGGGCGUUUGCAGAACACUAUCGUAUCCGCUUUCGUAUUUCCAUGAAAAGAGAAAUGGAAAUACAAAAACGGUCGCUGGGGCCUCCGCACCCUAUUCGUAAGGACUUGGUCGCUUUGUCGGACGCUUCCGGACGAGAGGCCAGCGACCGGAGGCAGGGCCGGGCAGGGGCGAGAGCCUUCGCCGCCCCGCCCCUCCCCACCCCACCCUCGAGCGUAACGAGCCCUGCAGCAGCCAAUUCGUGGGCCAGCAGCCCUCGCCCAGGGGCCCUUGGCGGCCGAGGUCUGAGCAGUAGAAUCACGUUCUUGACAUUGAUACGAAGUGAAGGGAGGUAUACAUUGCAAUAUUACUACAGACAGGAUAGAUGA